AUGUCGCUCUGGAGUACUAGGUUCACAAUCACAUCUAGAGAAACCAAAGUUAGGACAGAGUUGGUACCAUUCAGAAGAGGGAGUCUUCCAAGGGGAAUCUUCAAGUCCCCUGCUCUUCUACAUCUCACUUCUCCCGCUGCCUGUUGCGCUGAGAAAUGUGAGAGGAUACAGCUGUGGCACGCGCAGCAACCGGCGGCACAAGGUCCAAAGAGUAUCGUACACCUUCGGGGCCAUCCAAACCCGUAA